AUGCUUGAGAACCACAUCGUCCAACUAGCUAACCCUUUGAAAUAUUGUGCUAGCCCAUCUUCUUUACCCUCGCAAGAAAUUGAUCCUAAGGAACCGGUUUGUACUAUCACCACUAGGAGUGGUAAGGUCCUUGAAGAGAGUGUUCCUAGGAAGAGUAUGGAGGGUGAAGAGGGGAGUGAUUCGAGCAAAGAGAGUAAGCAUGCAGAGUCUAGCAAGGUGAGUGAAAAAUCUAAUGAAGAGCCAAAGGAGAAAGAGAAGAAGAAAGAUGAGGUUUACAAGCCCAAACUUCCAUACCCCCAAAAGUUCAAUAGGUACAAAUUGGAUGAGCAAUUUGGACAAUUCAUUGAGAUGCUUAAGAAAAUUCAUCUUUCUAUUCCUUUCACUGAAGUCUUGGAACAAAUGCCAAACUAUACUAGGUUUCUUAAGGAAAUUUUGAGCGGUAAAAGAGAUUGCAAUAUGGUGGAACCGGUGAAUUUGGGGGAGUGUUGUAGUGCCUUUAUCCAUAAUGACUUACCCGAAAAGUUAAAAGAUCCCGGGAAUUUCUCCAUCCCUUGCAAAAUCAAAGGAAAAUUGUUCCAAAAUGCCCUUUAUGAUCUCGGUGCUAGUGUAAGUAUCAUGCCUUAUUCCGUCUUCAAGAGACUUAAUAUAGAGAUUGCGGAAGAUGACCAAAUUCCUAUCAUCUUAGGGAGACCUUUAUUAGCCACCUCCGAAGCUUUGAUUGAUGUUAAGGGAGGUCGUAGUACUUUGAGAGUUGGUAACAAUGAGGAAAGUUUUGAGCUAAAACCGAUGCAUGAGUCUUUGUAUUUUAAUUGUGAUGAUGUGUUUUUGAGUGUUGAUUGCAAGAAGGUUAGUGAAGAGAAAAAGGAUUUUCCCAAUCUCUUAGACGAGGAGGAGAUUGACAUUCCUCAUUGGUUUGAGCUUCACCCUCAAGAGGAGGACGAUGAUCCUAAGAGUGUUGAUGGUGCGAAAUCAUCUACAAAGACAAACAAGGUAAGGAAAAAAGCAUUAGCUUCUAGGAAGAAGAGAACGAGAAUGAGGUUAUGGAAGGAGAAGCUUGCUUUUGAGGAGUUAUCAAAUGAAGUCUCAUCAAGCAACAACGAGAAGUUGCUAGAAAUUGAAGACAAAUUUGCUCCUCCCGUCACCUUGGACAAGGUGGUGUUCUUUGACCCUCCGUGA